UGGGGGUGGGGACGCACAGACAGCGUCAAUAGAAAACGAGCGUCAAGCAUCAGAGAGCAAAGAGGAGCCUCAUCAACAAAUUUUUAGCAUCUUCAAGCGGCCUGUUUUUAGCUGCAGCAUUCGUCAUCAUGACUAAAGAAGAGAAUGUGCAGGAACAGGAGAAGGGGACGCAUGAGGACGAGGAGCAGGAGGAAGCUAGGGUUCAGAGGGAGGAGGAGUUGACAGAAGAGGAGGAGGAAGAGGAGGAAUAUGAGCUAGAGGAGGAGAAAUCCAAGGUAGAGAACGAGGAGGAAGGUGAGCAGGAGGGAGAAAGGGAGGAGCAUGAGGAGCAGCAAGGGCAGGAGGAUCCCCCAGUGGAACCAGAGACUGAGAUGAUCUCAGUUUCUGAGCAUCAAAGUCCGGUUCACGAACCACCCCGCCGAGCCAUGGUGCACCCCUCAGCCCAGGCCCCACUUCCCAAAGACUAUGCAUUCACCUUCUUUGACCCCAACGACCCUGCAUGUCAGGAGAUCCUCACCGACCCCCGGACCACCAUCCCCGAACUGUUUGCCAUCGUCCGGCAGUGGGUCCCUCAGGUGCAGCACAAGAUUGACAUCAUUGGAAAUGAGAUCCUGAAGCGUGGUUGCCAUGUGAACGACCGUGAUGGUUUGACCGAUAUGACACUACUUCAUUACAGCUGUAAGGCUGGAGCUCAUGGAGUUGGCGACCCGGCAGCAGCGCUGAGACUCAGCAGUCAGCUGAUCUCACUCGGUGCAGAUGUGAGUCUUCGAAGUCGAUGGACUAACAUGAACGCGCUGCACUAUGCUGCCUACUUUGAUGUGCCAGAACUGAUCCGAGUCCUACUCAAAGCUGCCAAACCCAGAGUGCUAAACUCAACAUGCAGUGACUUCCACUAUGGCACAGCUCUGCAUAUUGCUGCCUCCAAUCUCUGUCUGGGUGCAGUUAAAUGUCUGUUGGAGCAUGGAGCCAACCCCACUGUCAGGAACGACAAGGGCCAGGUUCCAGGUGAGGUUGUUCCUGACCCUAUGGACAUGAGUCUGGACAAAGCUGAGGCAGCCAUGGUGGCCAAAGAUCUUAAGCAGUUGCUGUUGGAUGCUGUUCCUCUCAGUUGUAACCUUCCAAAGGCCACUCUUCCCAACUACGACAACAUUCCAGGAAACCUAAUGCUGGCGUCGCUUGGACUGAAACUGGGAGAGCGCGUCUUGCUGGAUGACAUGAAGACUGGAACCCUAAGGUUCUGUGGAACCACUGAGUUUGCCAGCGGUCAGUGGGUCGGAGUGGAGCUGGACGAGCCGGAGGGGAAGAAUGAUGGCAGCGUUGGCGGCGUUCGCUACUUCAUUUGUCCUCCUAAACUCGGUAUUUUUGCGCCUGUUUCAAAGAUAUCCAAAGCUGUGGAUCAGACUCCAUCAUCUGUGACAUCCAACCCCAGAACUCCCCGUACGGACCUGGCAUCUCGUUUGACUGGAAAAACCAAGAAGGAGAAGAAGGAGGAGAGGCAAAAGGAAAGGGAGAGAGCCCAAAGGAAGAAGAUGUCUGUGGCCAGUCCUGAUCCAGAGGGAACAAAUGUGCAGGUGGGAGAUCAGGUUCUGGUGGCAGGUCAGAAACUCGGCAUCGUUCGCUUCUUUGGGAAGACAGACUUUGCUCCAGGGUACUGGUUUGGUGUAGAGCUGGAUCAGCCCACUGGGAAACACGAUGGCUCCGUGUUUGGGGUCAGAUAUUUCAGCUGCCUGCCCAAAUAUGGAGUGUUUGCUCCACCCUCUCGUGUCCAGAGGAUCGGAGGACCUAAAGAAGGUUCCCAAAAUGAAAAUUCAAUGGUGAAGAAGGUUCAUCAGGUCUCCAUGUCACAACCGAAGAGAAACUUCCACACAAUGCGAUCUCCUAAAGACCUGACCUCUGAGAGCUCCAUAUCCAGGUUGUUGUUCUGCUGCUGGUUUCCAUGGAUGCUUCGCGCUGAGAUGCAGUCCUAACCAGGCCCCGCACUUCCUACAGUUCUCCACCACUGGAUGGAUCUGUCGGCUUUUCUUACUCUCCAUCAUUCUUUCCCCAAUCUCCUUGUGGUGAAAGUCCCUCCGCCUGAAUCCGCCUAAUUUAGCCCUUCUAUAGCAAAAUCUAUAGUGCCUUGUAUCUGAUAACAAAUGUCCUGCAUUCCUUCAAUUAACUUAAUAGCUCUGAAAUCCGUCCUCUCACUCGGCUGCCUCCUCUUGGUCUAGGGUGGUCAGUGUAUUUGCUUUCACCCUUGCCUCAUGGUUUUGUUGCACUGCAGCCAGUUUCAGGUCUGAGUGGUUUGAAAAGUCCAGAAAGAUAUAAUAGUCACUAUUUUGGGUUUCUCUCAUGAAAAUGUCAAACUAAUUGUCUUCCAUGAAGCAGAAGAUGACAAGUAUGAAAUUUUCAUGAGAAACACUCUAGAAAAUGUUGAUGUUGUUUGUUGGAUCCACAUCUGGCUGUUGACUCCCUGUCGUGAGACCAGGACCUUUAGCUUUGCUGACAUAUAAACAUUAUGUGUACAUCAUUUGUUAUUUAACAUCAAUCUAAAGUCCUCUGAUCAGGAAACAGGGUUAUUCAUCUCUACAUCUCCUUUUUAUCUUCAUAUGUGAGUCGUAGCUUUUAGCUGAUGCUUUUUUCACAGGAUAUGAUAAAAAUAUUUCUGCUGGAAAUUUAGCUAAAACUUUUUUCUUUUUAAAGAUCAAGUUUGGUUUGGUUUAAUCUAUGUGAAAAGUAAUUAAUAAUAAUGAAUAAUAAUGUUUUCAGAUAGGAAUAGAAACCAUCUUGUUAUCUUGAUCUUAGAGGGUGUUGUUUAAUAACCCAAAAUAAUAGCUGCUAAAGAUAUGAAAAUGAAUUAUACUAUUAGAAAAGAAAGCUUUUGUCUCAAAAAGUCUCCAUUAAUCUAAAAUGGUUCGCUGAUUUUCCAAUGAUACAUGAUUUUCGUUUUUUCUCCUCUCCUUCUCUCGUCCCUCCUUGAUUCUUCUAAUUUUUUUCCUGCUUCUAGUUUGGAAUAUCAGAACAUCUGCAGCUAUUUAAAAUAGGAACUAUUAACCUUUUGUCCUAAAUGUUGAAAUCCUAUUCUAGAAAUGAAAUUUGUAAUGGCAGCUUUGUGUGGAGAUUGUUCCCUUGAUAUACAAUUUAAAAAUAUAAACUCUAAACAAACCUGCUCUAAUGGCUGAGAUGAAAAGUACGGAAAUUAUGCUUUAUCAACACGGAAAGUUGGUAUCCUUUAUGACUUACAUUCAUGUUCAUUUAUAAAUUUGAAGACCAGGGGUCAGUUUCACAAAGCAGGUCUAAAAAAACUCAGAUUUAAAUCCUCAACUUGAUCCGGCCUAAAAUCUGAAACUCAAUCAACCCUGAGUACGUCCACUCAGAGUUGAACACAUGGAUAUGAAAAGCCAUUAUCAGUGGAGCCCUGAUGCAACGAGUCACCAUGACAAGCAAGAGGAAGUUCCUAUUACACACCACUGGAACUAGAGAUUUUAAUGAGGUAAUGAAAAAACUAUUUGCAUAGUGUUCAAAAGACCAAGCGACAGCACUGCAGCUACAAGGGAGAGGAAAAUGGCUUAAAAUAAGAUUUCUGCUCAAGUUCAUGGUUCGGUUUAUAUAAAGGUGUGACAGACUGUUCUUUUGUUUUUGUUUUUUUGAGCAGGCUUUUUUAACAUAUAUUAAAAGCACUCUUUUCUUUAUUGUUCCAUUUUUAGAUUUCAAAAGUAAGUAGUAAAUCAAACCCCUAGUCGGACCUAUAAUAAAAAAAUUUGUUAAAUUACAUGAUUGCAGCAAAAACUGAAUUUCGGGAAGCAAAAAACCAACAACUAGGAAUUAAAUUUUCUAGGUAUAAAUAUGUUAACACAUUUUAAGUAGCCUUUUUGACAUUAAUCAGCUUGACUGAAUAUGUAUAUAUGAUAUAUGAAAUGUCAUGACAUUUCUAUAUAGUAAAAAUAAUACCAAUAAUGACCAGUAAUGAUAGGAAUAAGGAGAACUGAAAAUCAUUUCGAGACAUCAAGAAUGGUUAUUCUAGAUGUGAACAAUGUCAUUUUGUAUGAAAUAGUAACAAGGAAAAAAUGCUUUUACAUAUUCAGUCAAACUAAUACACAAUAAAAUGAACUUCCAUAGGCUGUUGUAAUCACAUGACGGAAAAAAACUAGUUUAUUGCUUGAAUGGUAGAUUGGUGUAUCUGUUUAGGUGAAAUCACCUGGCAGCAGGAGAAGAUGAAGAAUAAAAACAUUAUAUAAUAUAUAGAACCUGUUCGGAAUCAGAAUCAAGUUUAUUGCUGAGUAGGUUUGCAGUAACAAAGAAUUUGACUUGGUGUUGAUGGUGCAGACAUUUUAGAUAUAUAUAUGGAAUACAGGAUCCAUAGUUAUAUACAAUAUAAAUGUACAAUAUAUUACAUGAAAUAUAGUAUAUAGAUAUGUACAAUAUACACAGUGGCUGUGCAUUAAUGUAACGCAGAAGGUGUGGAGAUGCUUCAUUGGUGUAUCUUCUAGGUCCUGAACAGGAAGGUAGAGAGGCAGUGUCACGGGGGUUUCUGGGCCUUGUUGAUAGUGCUGGUAGCAGAUGAGAAGAAACUGUUCUUGUGGCAUUAGGUUUUGGUCCUGUUGGGCCGCAGCCUCCUGCCAGAGGGAAGUGACUGAAAUAAUAUGUGGCUGGAGUGUGGGGAUCAACCACAACCUUCCAUGAACAGCUCAGAGUCCUGGAGGUGUAUAGAUCAUGGAGAGAUGGAAGACUGCAGCCAAUAGUCUUCUCAGCAGACCAGACAAUCUGCUCUUGUCCUUGGUGGUGGCACCAGCGUACCAGAUGGUGAUGGAGGAAGUGAGGAUGGACUCAAUGAUGGAGAAAUAGAACUGAACCAUCAUUGUCCUCAGCAGGUUGAAUUUUUUUUAGCUGCUGCAGGAAGUACAUCAUCUGCUGGGCUUUCUUGGUGAGGGAGUUGCUGUACAGGGAGAAGAGCAAAGGAGAAAGAGUACAGCCCUGGGGGAACCAAUGCUGAUGAGCUGCGUGUCGGAGAUAUGUUUUCCCAGCUUCACAUGCUGCCCCAUGUCAGACAGGAAGUCUGUUGGCUGUAAAGAGAGUGGAGACAAAGGACACUCACACAAAAACCGGUAUCGACCAGGUUAGCUUUGGGGAGAAUGUUAUUUUGGUAAAAGAAACAGAGGUUGAGGAAACUCUAUUUGUGAAACAGAAUACUCAGAGCUUCCCUGAUAUCAUCUUUAGAAAACUUAGAGUUUUCAGUAAACCUGCGUUUUGAAAUGGACCCCUCUUUAUAAAAAAAAU